CGUUUUAUUGGUGCAUUUGUUUUGUAGGGGGGCAGAAUGCAAAGAAACUAAUCUCAACCCCCGCAAACGUUUCGAACGCUGCACAGCUACUCCCGCGCUACGAUAAAAUCCGCUUUCGCAAUACUUUUGCGAUGAAGUAGAGACGGUGCAGUUGCAAAUCUACCACAUCACAAGUUGAUAUCACUUGGUUGUGCCCCGAAUUCAGGCGUGGUUUUGGUUGGCAAUGAUGCAGGCAGCACUGGUGUACGUGUGCUUCGGUGCAUUAUUGGCGGUGUGGGGUGGCAAUGGAAUGACGCACCAGCAGAAUGAACCACCGGACGUGAAUGUAACCGUGACGAACGUGAUCAGUGCGCUGUCAGGCUACGGGAAGAUGAAUUUCACGGGACAUCAUUUCGACCGUGGGCAGCGGAUAGUGGCACGGAAAGGGGUAAGCAAUGAUGUGGCAACGGUGGCAAAAGGUGCCGUCGCGGAUCAGCUAACAUCAGCUGGUGCAAAUGCGGCGGCACCCAGCAACAGCACGGCAGGCAGCAGCAGCAGCAGCAGCGUACCAGCCACGCAGACAAACGUUACCACCACCACGACGAUGGCGUCGAGCGCAACGAACGGUUCCACCAUACCCACAAUCAGUGCGAACGCAUCCUCAACGACUGCGAGCUCAGCAAAACCAUCGUCCCCACCACAAUCAAAGCGACCCGGUAGCAGUACCAACGCAACAACGACCCAGCAUACAUCCGCGACAAGCAGUAGUAACACCACCAGAAGCACUACCACAAUAAUAACAACAAUAAUAACAACAACAACAACAACAACAACAGCAUCAACCACAACUACAACGUCCACCACCACGAAACCUCCAAAGAAGCCAAAGAUCACCUACUCGAUCGAGGACGAACCGAAACUGCUGCAGGCGGCCAAACCGGGCUAUGGUGCGCCCUACGAUCCAGUGGACAGCAGUGGGCGACUCCGCAUCGACGAACCGCUCGCCCAGUUCUCGCAAGAGUAUCUUCCGUCCGGGUUCGGUGGUGGUGCCGUUGGUGGUCCCGGGGAACCGCCCAACACCCGCCGGGAAUAUAUCGUCCCGAUCGUGACGCUCAUCUUCGCCAUUCCGCUGCUUCUAGGGCUGUUUCUACUCUCAUACCGGCGCGCCAAAGAGUUCUGGCUGACGCGCCAUUACCGGCGGAUGGACUUUCUCAUCGACGGCAUGUACAACUACUAAAACCCGCGGGUCGCGC